UUGUUAGUCUGUAAAUGACGUACAGAGGUUUACAGAUGUUUGGUCAGAAACUGGUUCUGUUCUUCGAAAGUAUUAAGCACAAUGUUUAGAAAAUACACAUAAAUUGUGCGUUGACUGUGUGAGAGUAAUAUAAUGAAAUUAAUUUACAUGAAAUGGACAUCAUUAAGGAGUGGGUUGCUCUAGGCAAUUAGAAAAGGAAGUAAAAUGAACUGUGGAGGAAACAAUAUAUUCAAAGCAACAUUGAAAUCACCCAGAUAAAUGAUGUGGAAAUUUCUGUGUAGAGGAAUCAGAGAAACACUAGAAAGAAGAAUCAACUUUACGAAGAAAGAUAAGUCAUCUCGACAAGAAUGCCCACUUAGUUCUCUUCAAUAUAAACUUAUUCCAGGGAUUGUAUCAACUAACACAUUUGAUCGUGGAACGGCAGAUCUGGGUGGAAGUUGUAAGAAUGGGUCAUGUAAUGAUAAGAAACAAGAAGACAGACAGCAUCAUGGUGAGAAGUGGAGGCAUCACAGCUGCAUUCAGGAGGCCACACUGCUUGGUGCACUUGGGUGGAGUGGUAUCAUGGUACUUGGCUGGUACCUGUGUCAACCAGUGUGCCGUCAUCAGUGCAUCCAGCCUUCAGAACUCGAACGAUUAAAUAGCCGGGCAAGACUGUCUCGCUGCCACACAGAAUAUGCAAGCCUCUUCGGAAUACUGUCCCAUUUCGUUCUUGGGCAGCCACUCAGCAUACUACCAAAGAAUGCUGAACGUGCACUGUCUAUCCCUCAUGCAGAGCAACUGCAGUCUUCUUCAACCGUCUCGGCAGAUGUGUCAGACAGUCCAGAUUAUUCUGUAUCAGAACCAAAAUUUGGGCCAGUCACAGCAGACGAGGCUCUGGAUGAGGCAGCGGUCAGUCUAACUAGGGCACAGAACACGGUGAUAAGUGGCAUUGAGAAUCGGCUGGGAGUCGCGUGCAUGCAGCUUGGCAGGUAUAAGGAGGCGCACACUUACUUCCAGAGGGCUGUGGAGCUCAGCUAUGCUCCUGCUGCCUUCAAUCUGGGGCUGUGCUAUGAGACUGGAGUUGGGACACCGCAGGAUUUCAAACUGGCUGCAAAGUACUAUGAGCUGGCAUCAAAGUGGGGACAUGCAACAGCAAUGUACAAUCUUGGUGUCUUCUAUGUUCAUGGGUGGGGUGGAGUUCCUGUGGACUGCAACCAUGCACGACAGCUGUUCAUUGCUGCAGCUAAAUUGGGGCAAACAAACGCGCAGGAAGCUCUUUCAAUGGUUCCUCCUGCCACUGACGAUUCCAUGGAUUCAAGUGAGCCAGAAGCGGUAUUGUACGAACCGCCUCAGACAAACGUCCUGUACCAGAUCUUGGGUAUGGUGAAGUUAAGACAGUCCGUGGCAGAAAGACCGAUCUCUGAGCAAAACAUCCCACCUGUAAAAUCUGAUGCAAUUAAAGCUUUAUACCAAGCACUUGGCACUGAAGAGCCGGAGGUACUAGAGAAUACAGUUGGCAAGACUGUGCAUGAAGAACAGAGUAGUUUUAACUUGCAUAAUGAACUGAACAAAAAUAAUGUGGCAGUAGAACCUAAAGAUGUGCAUCAUUUAUCCAUAGUUUGUUGACUGUUACGAUGAUUCUCAUGUGUUAUGUAUGAAGUACAUUAUGUUAGAUCUUAGAAUAGUGUGUUGAUUCCCCAUCAUAUCGCAAGAUGUGCACUUGUAUAUAUUACCAUAGUUCACCAAAUACAAGGUGUAAUGUAAAGUUCCGUACAUCAAAACAAAGUAUCUCAUAUAAACAUCAGUUUGGAAAAGCCUCCACCUCAGUCCUCAGUUAUAGCUUUCUUUAUCAUUCUGAAAGUUCUGACCUUACUUCCCCACUGAUAACGAAGCAACACUGGACAGCACAGAGGGAAGGAGAGUUAUGACGGAAAGGUCACAUGGCACAGUCAUAGGAACGUUUGGCAGCAGCACUACCAGUGCCUUUUAUGACAAAGUUUGCAAUGUCCAAAUUCAGAAGCUCUGCACUCUAAAACUCAUUUGUUUUAUUCAUGGUAUCAAAUGACAUGCUAAAGACUCUGAUGACCAAACACCGUUUAAAAAAUGUGGCUCAGGCAGUUAGUCACUGGCUCCUCACAGAGAAUGCCCUGGGUAUCACUUUGGUCUUUCUGUAUGGGAUUUGUGGUGGGCAAAGUGGCACUGGGACAGGUUCUUCUCUGAAUCUCCAGUUUUCCUGUCAGUAUCAUUUCAUUGCUGCUUCAUAUUCACUCACGUAACAUCUAGAGGGCAUGACAAUGGGCCCUUUAUCAGCCAUACUUCCAUACGGAUUCUCACUCCUUCAACAAUAAUGACACUACGUCAGAAUUUAUAAUGGUAAAUAUCUGUAACUAAAGAGGCUUUUCCACACUCAUGUUGAUAUUAACUUUUUUGUUGUUAUCGUGUAUAGACUCACCAUUGAAUUUGUAUCAGACUUUCGAGUUACAUCCUGAAUAAUGUACAUUUCCUUUUCUGCGGGCACCUGAAAAACAGACUUAUUUAUGCACAAUUUCAGUGGCGGGAGAACAUAACAAUAUGUAACAUGCACAAAUAUAAUGUGCAUCAGUAUUUCAGGAGGAAUUUCAAGGAAAAAUAUGGCACUUUUCAAAGUAGGCUGUGUGACAAGGUGCAAAGAGAACCUAUAUAUGAAAUAAAAAUGCACCUAUACAGUUACCAGUUGGCUGCCAUGAACAUGUAUAGAAUGAAUAUACAGGGUAAUCAAAAAGAACUCUGGGAUUUCAUAUUCAAGUAUAUUUUGACAUAAAGGACCAACUUAGGUCCUUUAUGUCGAAAUAUAUUUGAGUGUGAAAUCCUGGAAUUCUUUUUCGACGACACUGUAUUUCUUGUUUAAAUUUGAUAUGCUACAUGCACAGUUUUCGACAUAGAUGAUGGAUCACCUUACUGCCCAAAAAGUAUGUAAAGGUAUACAAUAUAAGGGGGAAGGAUCUAUGUAUGUCAGAAGAUAUUUGUAAAUUUUGUCUUCUAUGAAAUGUGAUGUUACAUAGUAGUCCCAUAAGCCAUACAUUUGUAUCAUGCCUCAUAUAAUUUUUUAACCUUACAUAGAUCAGUCAGUGGAAGUGUACCAUCUGCUUUUACAUUCUCAAUGCUGCAUGUCCCUCUGAGUCUAUUUAUGGAUUGUAAUUGGUUCUCAGAACAAAGAGCAAAAGUUUUUAUAUUAAGGAUUAAUGUUCUUGAAAUAAAGGUGGUUGGAAAACAAA